CUUGGAAUUGAAUGAUGAAGCUGCUACAGGUUGCUGUUUUUCUUUUGCUGGUCUUUACCACAUUAGAAGCUAGACCAAAACUUUUAGGAGCAAAGUGUAAGACAGGCCCACUGGACAUUGUCUUUGUGAUUGACAGCUCACGCAGUGUUCGUCCCUUUGAAUUCGAAACUAUGCGGCGCUUCAUGAUUGACAUCAUUCACAACCUGGAGAUAGGGUUCAAUGCCACAAGAGUUGGAGUGAUCCAGUAUUCUAGCCAGGUUCAGAACGUCUUCUCCCUCAAGUCUUUCUUCAGCCGGGCUGAUAUGGAGAAAGCCAUCAACAGUAUUGUCCCGUUGGCCCAAGGCACCAUGACGGGGCUGGCCAUCCAGUAUGCCAUGAACGUGGCCUUUACCACACAGGAGGGAGCACGGCCACUGCACAAGAAGAUCCCUCGUGUGGCUGUGAUUGUAACAGAUGGGCGGCCCCAAGACCGCGUAACAGAUGUGGCUGCUCAGGCCCGAGCAGCUGGCAUUGAAAUCUAUGCCGUGGGUGUGCAGCGGGCAGACAUGAACUCCUUGCGAGCCAUGGCCUCUCCCCCACUGGAGGAGCAUGUGUUCUUGGUGGAGUCUUUUGACCUCAUUCAACAAUUUGGCAAGCAGUUCCAAGAUAAGUUGUGUGGUGUUGAUAUGUGCACGGAAUUGGACCAUGGCUGCCAACAUACUUGUGUCAGCAUCCCUAGCUCUUUUUAUUGUCAGUGCAACUCAGGAUACAAACUCAAUGCUGAUGGAAAGACAUGCUCCAUCAUUGAUGCCUGUGCUGAUGGGAGACACGGCUGUGAGCAUCUGUGUGUCAGUUCUCUCGGCUCUUACACCUGUCGCUGCCGGACAGGCUACUACCUCAACCAGGACAAAAAGACAUGUACCAUGAUCAAUUACUGCAACUUUGGUAACCACAGUUGCCAGCAUGAAUGUGUCAGCAUCCUGAAUGGGUUCUAUUGCCGCUGUCGUGAUGGCUACACUCUCCAGUCUGAUGGCAAGGCGUGUCAGGCCAGUGACCUCUGCAAUACCAUUGAGCAUGGAUGUGAGUUUAAAUGUGUCAGUACCGCAGGCUCUUACCACUGUGUUUGCCCAGAGGGUCAACGGCUCCAGGCAGAUAAGAAGACAUGUAACAAGUGCAAAACUGGGCAUGUUGAUUUGGUGCUGGUAAUCGAUGGUUCCAAGAGUGUCCGGCCUCAGAACUUUGAGCUAGUGAAGCAGUUUGUGAAUCAGAUCGUGGACUUCCUGGAUGUCUCCUCUCAUGGCACUCGAGUGGGGCUGGUCCAGUACUCCAGCCGUGUGCGCACUGAAUUCCCACUCAACAAAUACACAACUGCAGAAGAUGUCAAGAAGGCAGUGCAGAGAGUACAGUACAUGGAGAAGGGAACCAUGACUGGGCUCGCCCUCAAGCACAUGUUGGAGCACAGCUUCUCUGAUGCAGAAGGGGCUAGACCUCUCUCCCAGAACAUCCCCAGGAUUGGCCUGGUCUUCACUGAUGGACGCUCUCAAGAUGAUAUCACCGAGUGGGCCAAAAGAGCAAAGGAAUCAGGAAUUGUCAUGUUUGCCGUUGGUGUUGGCAAAGCUGUUGAGAGUGAACUGAGAGCAAUUGCCUCUGAGCCAGUGGAUCAGCACUUCUCAUAUUCGGCAGAUUUCAACACUAUGACUCAUAUUGUUGACAAUCUAAAACUCAACAUUUGUCCUGAGGAAGGCAAAGGGGAAACUGAAUUCCGUAACCCAUGUGAAUGUGAGGCCCUUGUACAGUUCCAGUCAAACACUCUUGCAAUCUUGGAAGACCUCACUGAAAAACUCUCUCAGAUGACUACCAGACUUGAGCAGCUGGAAAACCAGAUUGCUGGCAAAAAGUGAUCACGACAGACAUCCUCUCAAGAUUUGGAGCUCAGACAUGUCAUGUAGCUCAUUGUUGGCAUUCCUAGACCUGUUGUAAAUGGCUGUCUGUUCUUAUUUCGCAGGAUCCAGUGGGGGAAGGGAAACCUCUCCCUUCUUCCUGGGUUAAAAAACAGAACAACGCCUUAUGACGGAAUAAUCUUCUCCUUUGCCCGAAACGGGCAGUUGGGCUAUGCUGUGGGUUUAGCUCAAACAAGUGGACAUUUUAGAGAAUCAAGAUGGGUGGGGCCUACAGCAUCUUCAAGAGCUGUUGGAAACAGUUGACAUUCAUGGAUUCUGUCCUGAAACUUCAUGACAAAUCCAAGAACACCAAAGAAAGAAAUGCCUUGCUAGAAAAGAGAGUUUCUGUUCAGUUCUGUGUUGGUCCCUGAAAGGAGGGACAACAGCAGGCUUCUCACGUUCUUAGGAAGAAGAUCAAUACUCCUCUCUCCUUUGUUAUCCUUCACUGUGAGUGGCAGUGCCUGCAGCAUCUUUAGCUUUUUUGCUUCAGUUUUACAUAAAUUCAGUAUGGAUUUUAAAUGGAAAUAUAAUUUAAACGAUAUCUAGAAUAAGAUGCUCCCAAUCCCCCCCCCAAAAUGAACUGCAAAAUUUCUGAUGGGAAACUUUCUCCCCAACUCUGGCCUUACUUUAACACUAUUGAUGGAGAAUUUGUCAUUUAUUCUCUUAUUUUUAUCAAAUAAUUUUUUAAAGAAAAUUCUAUAUAUGUGUGUUUGUAUAUAUCUUUCUUUCUGAAAGCUGGGCAGUCGUAUUUUUAAAACAAACAUCUUUUUUAUUGUAUGUAAAUUUUUUAUCUCAAAUAAACCCACUGAAGAUUU